GUCCUGUGUCAGAGCUCAGAGCGCACUCCUGCUUUUCAUCCACUCUCCAAAAAGCGCGCAAUUUAUGUCAUAAUCACUGACUUACAGAGAGGGAUUCUUUUUUUUUUUUCACUUUUAUUGCCAUGGCAAAAUGGUCACUUUUAUUUUUAUACUUUUUCCAAGGACUACUUCCCAUCAUCUUUGGGCAGCAGCGCACAGCUGGCCCCUGGCGGCACCGGAUUCAGUGGGAGAACAACGGGCAGGUUUACAGUUUAAUGAGCACUGGAUCAGAGUACCAGUCUCCGGUUCGGUCCAGAAGCCAUUCGAGGGUUUAUAUGAGCGGCAGGAGGGAUGGCACUGUGAGCCAAAUGCCGGGAGCGCACAGAAGAGCGACCGGACAGAGUGAAUUCAGACACUUCAGGACUGAUCACGGUGUAGCGCCAGGAUCCUUCACAUCUGUUAGACAGGUUGCGCCCGUUAAUGGUCGCUCGUCAGGGGCCCGUCAGCUGCCUGAGCGCCCUUACGGAGCAGGAGCUGCAGGUUAUGCAGGUGCACGAAGAUUUAACCCUGAAAACACUAACGCCAUCAACUCCUCUUCUGUGGGGACUUCAACAAAUUUCCUGGGCAGAAGAGGAGCUGCUGUCAGAGGGGCGAGCAGUGCAUUACACACCAGAGGAGGGGAAUCAGGGCCCGGAGCGCAAAACCAGCAGUUACGCGCGGCGCCAGAGGCGAUGCCUGUCUCCAGGCAACCAGCUCAGACGGAUCAGUCCAUCCCAGCAUAUCCCACAACUGUGGGAACCGAAUCUGAGGCUCCAGUUCCAUUUCCUGCACUUAGUGAGGAUGUUUUAAAUGAAGUAGUCAGUAAUGGUGAGGGCAUGGUUAACGACGACCCUCGAAACCCGUUUAAAAACCACAGGAACUCUAUUUUCUACAACAUGUAUCCCACAAGAGGGAGGUCAGUGGCCCGCUCGCAGCGUCCGCCUGGCACAGGGCACGGAACAAGAUACUUUCAAAAUGGACUGCCAGACCUCGUGCCAGACCCAUACGCCAUCCAAGCAGGUGCUUAUAUCCAACGCAUGCAGAUGUAUGCGCUCCGCUGUGCAGCUGAGGAGAACUGUCUGGCCAGGUCGGCUUAUGGACCUGCCGUGCGAGACAUCGACUUUAGAGUUCUCCUGCGGUUUCCACAGAAAGUGAAGAACCAAGGCACCACCGACUUCCUCCCUGUCAAGCCGAGAUACCAGUGGGACUGGCACAGCUGUCACCAGCACUACCACAGCAUGGACGCCUUCAGUAACUACGACCUGCUGGAUGUCAUCACAGGACGUAAGGUGGCCGAAGGACACAAGGCCAGUUUCUGUCUGGAGGACACAGGCUGUGACCCUGGAAUCAGGCGGCGCUAUGCCUGUACAUCUCACACACAGGGACUGAGCCCAGGAUGCCAUGACAUCUAUGCUGCCAACAUCGACUGUCAGUGGAUCGACAUCACUGAUGUACCUCCAGGAAACUACAUCUUGAAGGUUACCGUCAAUCCCAACCUCCAUGUUCUGGAGUCAGACUUCACCAACAACAUAGUGAGAUGUGAUAUCACGUACACAGGAAUUUAUGUUCAGACACGCAACUGUCGAGUAACAAGAGGUUGAAACAUUUCCUGUAAUACCUGCAGGAGUCUUGCAGCAAAAUAUCUCUCCCUACUGGACAGCACCAUCUGAAAAAAAAGUGCAAUUGGUAACAUUUGUAUUCCAGGUGUAGCUGUGAGCUACACUUCUGCUAUGAAGUCUUACAUUGCGUUUAUUGGUCAUAAAUGCAAAAUGAGUUUCCACCAAUUUUGUAAAUGAAACUAGUGAUAUCAUCAGAAUUACUUGAUUGUGUAUUUUUACAAAUGAUUUUUUUUUGUUGUUGUUGUUAUUUUGCCUUAACAAAUACAAGUACUGUUGUCAGAUGCGUGUGUUCUUUGAGUGCUGGUUGAUAGCUUAAAAUGUCUGUCUUGCUGCUGUUUGUUGUCCUUGUCUCGUUUUGCUGCUUUUUGUUGCUGUUAUGUGCACAUCGCUGGUUGUUCUCGUUUUAUUUGAAGGAUAGGAAGUUCUAUAUUUUGGUUGCAUGUUGACACAGCUCAUGAAAAGAUCGAAGUCAGCAGUGUGUAAUGGAUUCAGAAUACACAACAUUUUGGUCUGAUGAGAUGUCACAUAAAGUGCAGAGGAAGUUUUUACACACCAUCACUCAAACUGGAGUAAAUAGUGCGUUUUCAAGUGAGUAUUCAUGGCAGGCGGAUGGUGUACGUGGGAUCAACCAAAAUAGAACCGCAAUGCCAAUAUUCAUGAUGAUGAAGGAGCACCCGGUUAAACAGCAUGAAUCAUAAUGAGAGGAAUGCGAUGCAUCGAGCUUUGGAUGCACAUUGACAAUCAGUGCUGGUAGAAUUCAUUGUUGGUCUUUUCAUGGAAUGUGUUGAUCACAGAAAAAUAAAGAAUAUCUGCAUCCUUUAACCUCUUGGUAGUCGUAAUAGCAAACUGCCAGUAGUUAUUUUAUGUUAAAUAGUUAGUGCAGUAUGUUGGAGUAUGUUUUCAUGUAUGUGCAUAACUGAGUGAAUGCAAAAUAUUGAAAACUGUUUGUACUGUUAAAACAUUGUUGAAAGCCUUAUUACAUUCUGUUUGGUAUGUUGGAUUUGAUGCAAUAAAUAUUGAGGAGUUAGGAGUUUAUUAUGAGAA